GUCGACCUCACCCUCUCAAUCCUCCUAAUUGUUAAUAACAAUGUCCCAAAAAAUAGCAAUCCCCGGUGGCACAGGCACAAUCGGCUCCUCUCUCGUAUUAGCGCUUCACGACAGCCCAAAAUACAAUCCGAUCAUCCUCUCCCGAGCAACAGCAGCAAUUCCGCCAAACACAACCUCUAUCUAUACUACCUCUUUUAAUACGGAGAAAAAUAGUGAAAUUAAAACAGAGAUCCGCUACGUAGACUACACCUCCGUCGACUCUCUAACAGCGUCUCUAUCCGACAUACACACCGUCGUGAGCACGCUCCUUAUUCCCGGUCCCGAAAUAGUGAUCUACCAACUGAACCUCCUAUCCGCGGCAAUAGCAGCAGGAUGUCAGAGGUUUGCGCCGUCGGAGUUUGCACUUCCCCAGCAUUCUCAUGGAGAUGUUGAUGUCGACCAUGGGAAGAUCGUUGUCUGGGAUAAGGUCAAGGACGCUGUUGCAAAAGGCGAAAUCGAUGGCGCCGCAUUUCCAUGUGGGAUGUUUAUGAAUUAUCUUGCUAUUGGCGCUCCGAGAGAGCUCGAGGGGAGAGCAGGGUUCAGGGAAGGGGAGCUGAUUUUCCAUCUUCGUGGUCAGCAUCAUGAUCAUCAACGUCGCGAUAAUGGCGAUGGAGACGGUGGAUGGAUUGAAGUCCCUCUAUCGGACGAGGGAGAAUAUCCCAAGCUUACGAUGACUGAUAUCCGGGACGUUGGCCGGUUCAUUGUCGCCGCAUUGGGGAUUGAGGAGCCUUGGGGUGGAAGAGAGUUGGGCAUGGCUGGAGAUACGAGAUCGUUUCAUGAGGUUAUUGCGUCGAUUGAGAGGAUUAUAGGGAGGAAAGUUCAAGUCAGGACGGUUGGCAGGCGGGACUUGCAGAAGAGGCUGGAUGGGCUUGACAAAGAAGAUAUUCUAGGCAGAAUCGAUGUUCAGUAUACGAUGGUUUGUGGAAAGGGAGGGUCUGUCGUUGAGGGAAGCUUAAAUAAGCUUUGCCCAGAGGUGAGGCCUACAACGAUUGAGGAGUUCCUAGAGAGGUAUUGGAGGUGA